AUGCUACUUGAACGGGCCACCUCUUCGUACAGGGGCGUCAGGUGGACCUAUUCAAGAAGAAUAAUCUUGGGAUGCGCAAACCCCAGGGGCGUGGCGCCCCAGUGGGGACGGUUGGCCCUGUCCGUAGAAAAACCCAUUUGUCUUGAUCCAGGCAUGGCUUUUUACAUGGAGCUCUAUAGUUUCCCUGUUUAUUUUUCUCUGUUUUAUCUGCUUAAUCUACGCUUAAUCUAUUCUAAAUGCCAAAAGUCUUUCCAGUGUGGACAUCUUGGCCGUUUGGAGUUUCCUCUAUCCAAUUAUACGCAACCUGAAUGUGGAUUGUUCAGGGUUCAGUGCGAUGCAAUUCCUUAUCCAUUAGUUUACCUGGAAUAUGAAGGGAUUUCAUCGUCCAGGGAGAUUCUGUCCAAGAUAUCUACCCAUGUAUUCAGGAUUAGGAACCCUACUAUUGAAGGCCAGACGACGGCGCCGGAAGCAGCUGGGGACAGAGGCGAACCGGUCGGAGCGGUCGCGGACUGCUGCAGGCGUCUGGGAGUAGACGCGAACGGCUGCAGACGGGAGGGAAGCCGAAAAUUGAAGUCACGGACGGCUGCAGGCGGCGCGGNUGAAUUUAUAUGUGAAAAAGAGAAAAAAAAUUUGAAGCUGAUUCUAGCCAUAGUUAUACCUGGAAGUAUAGUCAUACUUUGCGUGUUAGGCCUUUUCAUUUGGCGCCAUAAAAGAAGAAUCAAUGAUGCAUACUUACUUUCGAGGACCGUGUCCUCCGAUCCCUCCUCAAAACCAGACAUUGAAGCCGGGAGUUUCUACUUUGGUAUCCCCAUCUUCUCCUACACAGAACUUGAAGUUGCCACCAAUAAUUUUGAUGAUUCUAAAGAACUUGGGGAGGGAGGUUUUGGAACUGUCUACUAUGGCAAACUCCAGGAUGGACGAGAAGUAGCAAUAAAGCGCCUCUAUGAGCAUAAUUACAAACGAGUAGAGCAGUUUAUGAAUGAAAUCAAGAUCCUUACUCGCUUGAGGCACCAGAAUCUUGUUUCUCUCUAUGGCUGUACAUCUAGGCGCAGCCGGGAACUCCUACUUGUUUACGAGUACGUUUCUAAUGGCACAGUUGCAGAUCAUAUCCAUGGUGACCGAGCUAAUGAAGCACCACUCUCAUGGCCAAUCCGCAUGAACAUUGCCAUAGAAACUGCUAGCGCAUUGGCAUACCUUCAUAAAUCUGAUAUAAUACAUCGCGAUGUGAAGACUAACAACAUACUACUCAACAACAAUUUUUGUGUCAAAGUUGCAGAUUUCGGGCUUUCAAGACUCUUCCCUAAUGAUGUUACUCAUAUAUCGACUACCCCUCAGGGAACUCCUGGAUAUGUUGAUCCUGAAUAUCAUCAAUGUUACCAACUUACUAAUAGAAGUGACGUUUACAGCUUUGGAGUUGUCCUCAUUGAGCUCAUAUCAUCAAUGCCUGCUGUGGAUAUAAGUAGGCAUAGUCAUGAAAUCAACUUAGCCAACUUAGCAAUAAGCAGGAUCCAACGGUGUGCAUUUAACGAGUUAAUCGAUCCAUCUCUUGGAUUUGGAUCUGAUGCUGACAUCACAAGGAUGACUACUUCAGUCGCAGAGAUAGCUUUCCAAUGUUUGCAACUUCAAAAGGAUCUAAGGCCUUCUAUGGACGAAGUGUUAGCAUUUCUUAAGGAAAUAAGGGGUGAUGAGGAGUUCGAAAUUGAGAAGAAAAUGGAAACUAAUGAUAAUUACUGUGUUCCAAGAAGUAUAAAGAUCCCACCUUCACCUGAAACAGAUGAUGUUGUAUUGUUGAAGAGCAUGUACUUACAAUCCUCACCAAAUGCCGUGACUGAUAUGUGGAUUAGCGGCUCUUCAACAACUAGUUCCAGUGUAUGA